AUGGCUGGGCGUGUACCAUCGCGAGAACAGCGCGAGCGCUCUCGUUAUCGUUCCUCCCAGUCGUCCACCGGGACUCAGGACCAUCGGGACUCCCUCUCGCGUCGAUCGCUGUCCACCCGUUUCUCGAAUCCCAAUGUCUUCUCCGACGAGUUCUCCCUCGAUCCUCUCGAUCCUCCCGACUCCGACCGGAUCCACCGCAAUCCCUCCAUCUCCUCGCACGACUCCUCGAUCACCCUCCGCUCCAACAAUUACGCGCCUCUACGCUCGAAGCCCUCGUUGACCACCGACGUUGCACCCCCGCCAGAAGUCAAUCCCUUUGACGACAAUGCCCGAUCCUCCUUGGAUGAUGUUCCCCAUCGAUCCAGCCUCCCCCAGAAGGGUGGCAUGACGGUGAACCGCAACUCGACAGCUACCGUGUCCUCCGGCGUCUCGACCCCGACAAUUGCUAGACGCAGUCUCAGUACCUCUUCCCACUUCUCCAUGCCUCGCGCUCAGAGCCCGUAUACCGGGGCCACCGGGCCCAGCCACCCCUAUGCGAUGUAUCCCCAGCUGGGUGUGAGUCGCUCCCCCAGUGUGACAACCGCGUCGACGGUACGAGGGGUAGAUCGACCGUUGAUUGGGGCCAAUGCUCCCCAGCAUCCCUAUGCCAUGUACCCGCAGAACAUCUUGCCCGAGGAGGGCAUGGACGCUGACAUUCCCCCGGUCGGGUUUCCCGGCCAUUCGCAGCCGUAUCAACGUCCACCGGGACGAGCAGAUGACGAUGUCGGUGAUAUAAUCGGCCCCGAUGGACAUUUGGAACAGUUACCGCCGUAUUCUCGUUAUCCCGACGGAAUCCCGCCCAAGAUCGGUAUGGGACCAGCCAGUAUCGCCAGUGCCAAUCGAGAACGAGACAUGCACGAUCAUGAUUGGGACCCGGCAGAGUUGGCAGUGUCGGGAGUGUCGUCGUCCAGAACGCUGCUGCCAGGUGAGCCAGCUGCUCGACCACCACCGCCGCCGCCGCCCCCGUCGCCUCCGCCUCCAGCUGCCGCACAGAGCGAACCCCAAGUGGACAGUUUUGAGGAGAAAGUAAAGCGCAAGGGCACACAGAGGACGUGUUUUGGGGUCCCAAUCUGGAUGUUCGUUCUCAUUGCGGCCGUUCUAAUCAUUGGAGCUGCGAUUGGCGGUGUCAUCGGUGGUGUACUGGGUGCCAGAAAGGGUGAGCAGAGCGGGGCAGCCAGUGCAAGUUCUUCUCUAAGCCUGAAGCCCGCUUCGGUGGUGACGGUGACGGCUACAUCACAGAUGGAUGCGACUCCUCUGGCGACGGUCCCGGCCAACCUCUUACCGCUACCCACUGGCAAGUUUCAGAUUCCGGCCAGCGUGAAGAAUCAGUCCAAGUUCUGCAUGCCAAGCUCCUCUUUCUGGCCCACCUGGGGCUGCAUGAGCCAGGGCUCUCUAGAAGUCGAGGUGGACGGCAAGGUCUCACAGUCGUCCAUCACCUUCCAGGAAGAACCCAUCAGCGGGACUUUCACGUACGGGGCUCAAGCGCCCGUAUUCUCUAACCCUGUCUUUCCUCUGCAUCUGAUGCUGGACAAGGAGGACACCCAGCUUGGUCCAGCCUUGUUCUUCAACACGCAAUUCGAUAAACUGGUCAUUGUCGACGAGAAUACGUUUCCCACGCCGACUGCCGCCUCGAAGCGCUCCGUUGCUGGAGCCGAACUGUUGGCUGCCCAAUGGUCUCGCAAGACGGUCGCGUCUGCGGGGGAUAAGCCGUGGUUCUGCUGGUGGAAUGGCACGGCCAUGGAGUUCUUCAUGUAUCUCAACCAGACCACUCAGGAUGCCGCCUCGGACGCUACGUCGCUGGUUUCCACGCCCACAACAACAGCUUCCCCGACCAAUUCCGGUAAAGCUAAGCUCAAGCGGGAUUAUGUCGGCGACUACCCGCGCAGAAUCAAAAUUGAAGAGAAGCGGGAUAGCCCCAAUGCACAGCAACCAUACUGUGUACAGAUGCAGGUGCUAGACGAUGGAGAAGUUUCGGGCCCCAUCAACCAAUUCCAGAUCGCGAUCGACGAAGUUGAACCGGCACAGACGACGACAAUAGCAGUUAAACGAGACGCCGCGGCGUCGUCAACAUCAUCAGCGCAAGGUUCUUAUCAGAGCACAUGUUAUUGCGAAUCACUGACCGACUAA